AUGGAGGAGGGUUGGGACUUCCCCACGGACACCUUCAUGGAGAUCCUGCUGUGCGUCCCACCGAGCUCACGGCGACGGCUCUGCCUCGUCUGCCGACACUGGCGCGACAUCAUCGUCGAGUGGACGUUUGUCGAGAAAUCCUGGGGCUAUUCGGCUUCGGCGUACGUCAUCGACGACCUCCCGGAAGGACCCUGCCGAGAGCCAUGGACAGACGGCUUGAGCCUCGACACGUUUGGCUACUUUGAAACGGAGAUGGUCGGCACGCGCAACGGCCUGCGGUGCCUGUGUGACAACACCAAGCCCGACGGCGCCAUCACUUUGGCCAAUCCGGCGUACAGCUUCGCGUACCACCUGAGGACGGGGCAGUACAAGAUUGUGCACGUCCCGUGCUACUUCGACAGAACCGGGCAGUUCGACGUGGUGCAGGUUUUCAUGCUGGGGGAGGCGUCGUUGCGCGACGUGCAUGCCCCCGCGGGUGCGAGCUGCUGCCUCACCGCCGGCCUCAUCAACGUCGACGGCGCGGCUUACUGGGUCACCAAGGGCGCGGAACUGUUGGUGUCUACAGGCUUUGAUGAUUGA